UGCUCUCUCCCUCUCUCACUUCCUCCCCCCCUCUCUCUUUCUUCCAUCCGUCCAGAAUGUUGGCCGACAACCAUAGUCCACCUAUCGGUGCGCCGUCACCAUUAUCUCUGUCUCUGUUGACUCACCUUGCUUUCGCCAGAAGAUCGGGAUUCAUUGCACAGGAUUCCUCAGGACGACGAGAUGAAUGCCCGAAUCAUCCUGAUAUUCCCAGCAUGCAUAUUUCUCUUCAAUCUCCUCUCGGGUGGGACCUGUUCCGAGGGAGAGCACAAGCUGUUUUCUGUGAUUUUCUCCAACUACAACCAGUACAUACGGCCAGUGGAGAAUGUCUCAGACCCAGUCGUUGUACAGUUCGAAGUGUCCAUGUCACAGCUGGUGAAAGUGGAUGAAGUAAACCAGAUCAUGGAGACCAACCUUUGGCUGAGGCAUAUCUGGAAAGACUACAAACUGAAAUGGAACCCCAAAGAGUUUGGCGGCGUUGAGUUCAUCCGGGUGCCCUCUAAGAGGAUCUGGAAGCCAGACAUUGUGCUGUACAAUAAUGCUGUGGGGGACUUCCAGGUGGAUGAUAAGACAAAAGCUCUGCUCCGCUACAACGGCGAGGUGACCUGGAUCCCUCCGGCCAUCUUCAAGAGCUCCUGCAAGAUCGACGUCACCUACUUCCCCUUCGACUACCAGAACUGCACCAUGAAGUUUGGCUCCUGGACCUACGACAAGGCCAAGAUCGACCUGGUUCUCAUCGGGACCACCAUCAACCUGCGGGACUUCUGGGAGAGCGGCGAGUGGGUGAUCAUUCACGCGCCGGGCUACAAGCACGACAUCAAGUACAACUGCUGCGAGGAGAUCUACACGGACAUCACCUACUCGCUCUACAUCCGCCGGCUGCCCCUCUUCUACACCAUCAACAUGAUCAUCCCCUGCCUCCUCAUCUCCUUCCUCACCGUGCUCGUCUUCUACCUGCCGUCCGACUGCGGUGAGAAGAUCACGCUCUGCAUCUCCGUGCUGCUCUCGCUCACCGUCUUCCUGCUGGUCAUCACGGAGACCAUCCCGUCCACGUCGCUCGUCAUCCCGCUCAUCGGCGAGUACCUGCUCUUCACCAUGAUCUUCGUCACGCUCUCCAUCGUCAUCACCGUCUUCGUGCUCAACGUCCACUACCGCACCCCUAAGACCCACACCAUGCCCCAUUGGGUGCGCGGGGUCUUCCUGGGCGUGCUGCCGCGCGUCAUGUUCAUGACGCGUCCCGAGCGCAACCCGCAGCGCUUCAGCAGCGGAGGUCACAUCCUGCCGUCCGCCCCGCCACACCCAUGCACCCUGCGCUCGUCCGCCUCUGCCGCCUCCCUGAAUCCCUCCUUCCUCCAGCAACAACACCAACAACACCAACAACAACAAAAACAACAACAACAACAACAGCAGCUGAAGCAGAUGACUCUGCCGGCCUGCCUGCCCCCGCGACAGCGCCUCUUCCUGAACACGGAGCUCUCUACGCUGCACAGCCCCAACAGCAGCCUCUCCUUCAAGGCCGACUCCUCCAGCCUCCUGUGCCGCGAGGGUCGCUGCAGCUGCUGCUGGCGGCAGAGGUCCACCAAGCUGCCCGCCGACAAAGGAGGGGGUGCGGGGGGCAUUGGCGGCCUGGGGCUGGUCAGCGGAAGGGUGGGGGUCGGGGUUGGGCCAGGGGGUAGGGCUGGGGGUGUGGCCGGAAGCCCCUGUUCAAGUUCGGAGUCUCUGGAUGUGGGGCUGCUAACCCUGACGACACUCUCACCGGAAGUCAGAGAGGCGAUUGAGAGCGUGAAGUACAUCGCUGAGAACAUGAGGCUACAGAACGAGGCCAAGGAGGUUCAGGAUGACUGGAAGUACGUUGCCAUGGUGAUUGACAGGAUAUUCCUGUGGGUCUUCACCCUGGUGUGCAUUCUGGGAACAGCAGGUCUCUUCCUGCAGCCCCUUCUCCUUGCAGAGGACAUGUGAAUGGCGACCGGCGACCCAGACUCUUUCGCCAUCUCUCAAUAAAAGCUGUACGCUUGCACUAAGCAUAGGCCAUGCCAGGCCACACCAGCCAUAGGGCCAUCAUCUGACUGAUCUGGAAUCAGUUUUUUUUUUUUAUUACUUGACCAGGCCUUGUUCAGCCCCAACCGCGGCUUACAGAAAGUGCAAUGGACUGAAGCAGACUCCAUUUAAAGCAUCAAUGUAUUUACGUCACAAAGGUUUUGAAAACCUCAAUGGGACUACUGCCUCUCUUCUCUGUUACGGUCACUCUGCUUUGUAAAACUGAAAAGACUAGCAUGA